AUGAGUGGAGGAUCAGGAACCCCUUACAUCGGCAGUAAAAUAAGUUUGAUUUCCAAGGCACAGAUUCGUUAUGAGGGAAUAUUGUCCUCUGUCGACACAGACAGGUCCACGGUUGCUUUAGCCAAAGUUAAAUCCUAUGGGACAGAGGACCGACACACUGAUAGACCAGUGCCACCAAAAGAUGAAAUUUAUGAAUACAUAAUUUUCAGAGGAAGUGACAUCAAGGAUAUCACUGUGUCAGAACCACCAAAACCACACCAUGGUCUGCCUCGUGACCCUGCUAUUGUGCAGUCAUCCAUUGGCAGCUCCUCUGCUGCAUAUCACCCACGAUGGAGUCCAUACAGGGACAUGAUGCCCACCUACAACCAGCUGGCAGCUAGCUCUCUACUCAACCAGCAGUACAAUGCAGCACUGGGCCUAGUACCAGGACUUCAUGGCAUCCCAGCCAGAAGGGCCCCCAUGGUCGAGCAGGCUGUCCAGACCAUGCCACUGGCCGGUGCUGCCCAGAGAAGGGGAAAGACAUCAACCCAGCCGCAGAGCAGACAGCCUGUCCGCCCGACCCAGCGCUCGGGCCGGGAUGGUUCCCAGUUUCAGAAGGAGAAUGUACCCACCAAUCGGGCGUCAUCUCAGCCAACUGCAGUCAAGAUUCAAAGUCAGAGUACUGAGAACCAGAAGCAAAGGCAAAAACAAGGCGGUCGCAGGUCCAGGAACCGAAGCAGAGGCCAACUUCUCGUGAAAAACUCAAAGGCUACAACUUUGCAGUUUGAGUCAGAUUUUGAUUUUGAAACUGCAAACGCUCAGUUUAAAGAUGACCUUACAAAGGAGGUUGUAGUUGAAAAAGUGGAUUCUGCAGAGGCGCCAGAGAGUCAGGGUAUGGAGGAGGAGGAGGAAACUGUCGGUGAUAAGUACUAUGACAAAGCCAAAUGCUUCUUUGACAACAUCUCAUCGGACCUUAAGCCCAGGAGAACCACGUGGGCAGAGGAGAAAAAGUUGAACAUGGAAACAUUUGGAGUGCCUGGUCGCUUCCUGAGAGGCCGAGGAUUCAGAGGCCGGGGACACAGAGGGCAGAGCACCGCUGAGCAGCGACCCCUCCCAAAAGUUGGUAGUGGGAGGGUUUGA